AUGGAAUCAAAUACUGCACCAAAAUCAGAUUUACGCUCGUUAAUCAACAGAUUCAAAUAUGAAAGAGUCCUAGAAUCGAAUCCACAAACAAAGGUCAUUUCAUUACUAGGAACUAUCGAUUCAAAAGCUGCUAUUGUAAUUGCAGAAAAGACCCAUUUUACAUUCGAUGAAACUAUUCGUAGGCCUUCUCAAACCGAUGAAAAUAUACCGAUUUUUUACCAUUGUGAAAAUGAAUAUUCCUGUAUCAACGGUAUUCAAGAAUUAAAAGAAAUUACUACUAAUGACAUUUACCAUUGGGGACUUGGUGUCUUAAGACAAAAUAUCGAAUACAAUCCAACUUGUAAAUUCAGUUUGAUUUGGCCAGCUACAUCUGUUCACAUCAGAAAAUAUGAUCAACAAACUUAUCACGUCGUUAGAGAAAAUCCUGAUAUGUAUAAGAGAAUCGUUAAACCAUACAUUGAAGAAAUGAGUAACCCAAAUAGAUUGAAAUGGGUUUAUAAUAUUCUUUAUGAAGGCGGAGAAGCCGAACAGGUGGUUUAUAAGGACUACAAUGAGAAUGAAAAAGAUGAAGGUUUUGUUAUUUUACCAGACAUGAAAUGGGACGGUGUUAACAUGGAUUCCUUAUAUUUAGUGCUUAUUGCUUAUAGAGAUGAUAUAAGAUCUAUCAGAGAUUUGAAACCAAAAGAUAGACAAUGGUUGAUGCGUUUAAAUACUAAGAUCAGAUCGGUUAUCCCUGCAUGCUAUAACUAUGGUAUUAGUCCCGAUGAACUAAGAAUUUUCAUUCAUUACCAACCAUCAUACUACCAUUUCCAUAUUCAUAUUGUUAACGUGAAACAUGCAGGGUUAGGUAACAAUAUUGCCGCAGGAAAAGCUAUUUUAUUAGAUGAUGUCAUUGAAAUGUUAACUUACUUGGGUCCAGAAGGUUUUGAAGCUAAAACAAUCACUUACGUCUUGGGUGAAAAUCAUGAAUUAUGGAGAAGAGGUAUAGAACAAGAGGUUGAAAAACAAUUGAAGGAAGAUGGUAUCCCAAAGCAACCAAAAAUCUUUAAUGGUUUUUCCAUGGAUAAUGUCAAACAAACAAUAGAUUAUGAUGGCCCAGACCCUCUGUCAUAA